UUACAGUAUAUUAUGGAGAAAGUCGAAUAUUCCACACGAAGAGGAGAAUACAAAUCGCUUUAUAUAGAAGAAUAUUUAUAUCAAUACGUAGACAAUAAGUGGACUCAGAGUUUUUUACCCUACGCCGUUCCUAUGUCAGUUGCCUACGUAAUAAUCAUAUAUAUUUUGCAAAAUUAUAUGAAAUCCAGACCUCCGUUUCACCUUCGUUGGCCACAUAUCAUAUGGAAUAUUCUUUUGGCGGCAUUCGGAAUUUGUGGCACUUUAAGAUUGCUUCCAGGAUUGUGGAUAUCAAUUCGAGACUUCGGAUUUAUGUUCUCCGUGUGCAAUCUCAGCUUUGCACUCAAAUAUCACCCACUUUCAUUCUGGUUUUCUGUAUUUACAUGGUCGAAACUUAUUGAACUCGGAGAUACAAUAUUUAUUGUUCUUCAUAAAGAAAAGCUGACAUUUUUGCAUUGUUAUCAUCACGCUUUGCCUCUUGUUAUUGUAUGGUAUGUUAAUUUUAAUGAAGCAUCUACUAUGUAUUGGGGUAUUACGAUGAACAUGUUUACACACAGCUUCAUGUAUUGUUAUUAUGCUCUGAUGGCGAUGAAGAUAAAUGUUCCUGUUUUUAUCGCGAUGACAAUUACUGUAAUUCAAAUUGCACAGAUGUUUAUGGGCUGUUUUGUUAAUUUAUUAGCCACAUACAUGUAUUAUAGUGGGAAAAAUUGCGAACAGACCGGCGAGAAUCUGUUGUUGUUAAAUUUUAUAUAUAUUUCACUAGCUUGGUACUUUUGUCGCUUCUUUCGAGAGACAUAUUUCAAGAAAACAGAUCGUUUUAAUAUACUUCAUCAAAAGUAUCACUAA